AUGGCUCCUCCGACUCCGAAGUCGAAGCAAAGCAAGAAGAAGAAGGCGAAGAAGGAGGACGAAAGAUUCGCCGAGGUGAAGAAGCCCCCGACGCCCCAGGGCCGCAAGGUGACGACACGUGAGACAGCUCCCGCCACACCCGAGAAAAAGGCCGAAGAACCGGAAAAAGGUCAAGCUAAGCCGCCGCCCACCGAUUCCGCGCGCGAUCUGCUCAAGCUGAUCAUCGACCUUGGCGUCAGCGGUCUCCGUGCAAAGUGGGUCGAACUGAAGCCGUACGCCGGCCCCAACAAGGCCAUCACCGCCUUCACGGCCAACCCGGAUAAGAACCGCUACAAAGACACGGUGUGCCUGGAUGAGACCCGUGUCAAGAUCACGCCGGAAGAGGCCAAUGAGGGCGAUUACAUCCACGCCAAUUGGGUCAAGAUGGACAAGCGCGAGACGUGGAUCGCCACCCAGGCCCCCACCGAGGCCACCAUCGUCGACUUCUGGCGGAUGUGUUGGGAGCACGAGGUCGUGAACAUUGUGCAGCUGUGCCGUCUGGUCGAAGACGGGAAGAUCAAGUGCGCCGCCUAUUGGCCGGACGAGCCGGGCCUCUUCCAGAACCACGGCCGUUUCUUCGUCAACAACAAGAAAAAGGAGAAGCAGGAGGGCUUCACGGCGUUGACCAUCGAGCUGCUGCCGGACGGGUGCUCGAACAGCCGGAUUGUUCGGCUCAUCCAGAUGCACGACUGGCCAGAUCGCGGCGUCCCCACCACCGGUCCGCAUCUCCUCCGUUUCCUGCGUGCCUUGGACAAGCAUGGUGACGAGUUGAACAAGGGCCAGACCGUCAUGCACUGCUCCGCCGGGAUUGGUCGCACCGGAACGAUCAUGCUGAUCCACUGGAUGAAGACGGCCUGCGCCGCGAACGAGUCUUUCGACCCGUUCGAGAUGUUCAAGAAGCUGCGCGACCAGCGAGCCUCCUCCGUCCAGACCGAGCAGCAAUUCCUGUUCGUCUUCGCGACGUGCAUGGAUUGGCUUGAGAGCCGCUACUCCCAGCUCCCGUCGAAGUUCGGGCAGGUGCAAAAGGCGUUGCUCGACUACAACAACAACAACAACAACAAU